AUGAAGGGUGUUGUGCUUCUUUGCUUGAUCGUUGUUACACAUUCACUUUCAUGUUAUAACAACCAAGAUAAUUCAAUUACGUUGAGUGAACAAAAUUCAUGUUAUAAUGAUAUGAACGGACAUGUUAUAUAUAACAAACAAAUAGAAACAGUAGAAGAUGUGAAUCAGUAUACUUUAACUAUGAUAAAGUUUAACAGUCCACUAACAAUCAAUUUUAAAUCGGAUGUUCCAUUUUUAAUCAAUUUCGAUAACAGUUGUACAACUGACAAUUAUCUGUUUAAUAUAAAUGCAAAGAAUGCAUUUUCUGUUUACGAUUUUGCGAAUCCUCACACACUUCCUAUGACAUACUCUUUUCAACUUGAGAGUGAAAAUUUUGGUGUUUUUCGACUUCUUCCAAAUCAUCAAACAACUGUUAUUGGAACAGAAAAGUUUAACAUGUCACUUGGACUCAAUCUUUCAUUAACACGAGACAUUACUUUUUCAAGUGGAUCAUUUUUAUUAUAUAUUUAUGACAGUGCAAGUAUAGGGUAUCAAUUCACUACAAAAAUCACUACUAUAUAUGAUUACACCUUCCAAAAACCAAAACAAAUCAUGUGCAAAAGAGGGUUUUUAACUCGUUUUGGGUAUAAUGAAAAGAAGUCUGUUGAAGAAGACUGCUCGUGUAAGUUAUCAUUAGAUAAGGUGAAUUGGAACUAUCCCGAUUGUGAAUUGUAUUUAAAUUAUUUUGACAUCUAUUUAAAAUGUACAUUUGAAGUCAUAAAUAAUUAUGAAGUAAAUACACUUAUUUUUAAUGAAUGUCUCGAAGGUGAGAUUCCAACAGUCACAAUUAAAGAUAACAAAGUACUUUCGGUCAAACAAUUGGGAUGGUUGAACUACAAAUAUGGCAUUUAUUUUAAUGGGACAGGUACUUUCAAUUUUGAGGAAGUAAGUGGAAACUCCUUUUUUAUAUUUGAAACCAUCAACUCGGUUAUAAACUUAAAAAAAUUUGUCGAUAAUGAACCUUUAAACGAUUUUAUUAUCGUAACUAAUCAAGAAAUUACUGGUGACAUAGUUAGUAAAAUAACUAAAUAUUGUGAAGGUAAAUUCAAGAGAUAUUUUGCUUUGGGUGUCAAUAGUUUAACACCGUGUCAGUGUAAAUACAAUUCAUCAAUUGGAGAUAUUUACGACAGAUACGAUUGUCUUGUUGAUUCUGCAUAUAGAGAUUUGGUUAUUCCUUUUAGUUAUACACAAACAAUGAAGUCGAACACAAGAUGGAGAAGUAUUAAUUUACAAUAUGACUUUAUUAUUAAAGGGACGGGUUCAUUGGCUGCAAAAGAAAUGGAAAUAACACAUUCAGGAAGUUUUGAAAUACCAAUUACACUCGACAAAAUUAAAGUUCCAGAUAAUGAUAAAGUUGUUAUAUUUGAUACAAUAAAUACCAAUGUAGUUAUUGAAACUCUUAUUACUAACAAUGCAUUGUUUAUAGCCAAAAGCAAACCAACAGUUGAAAGUGGUGUAUUGGCAGCACAAUGUGGUGGGUAUUACCGAUAUUACAAUGGAGAUAAUCCAAUGUGUGAUUGUAUCUAUGAAAACGAAAGGUUUUACAAGAGAGAUUGUUACGAAGUAUCUUACAUCAAAAAGGAAUACAUUUAUAACUUGAUAACUUCUACUUACACAAAUCCAAAUUUAGCAACGUAUUUCGCCAAUUUGUCAACAAAAAGUGCAAGUAUGAACAUUGGUGGGUUAGGAGAGCUCAUGAUUAAAACGUGUGAUUUUAAAGGAAUAACAGUUGAUAUCACAAUUCCAUUAAGUUGUGAAAAAAUGUAUGUGACUGAAACAACUAAAAUGAACUCUAAAGAAAAAGUUACUAUCACUAAACUACUUCUUUCAAAUACAAAACAUAUAAACAAAGGAACUAUCAUUACUAUGAGUAAUUAUAAAUUACUUACAAUUACUAGUGCAGAAGGUGAUGAAUGUUUUGAUGUCAUUUCUUCGAGUGAAGAAUUGCCUGACUCACUUUUGGAGGAACAAAAGUUUUCUUUUUUAGCUAAUAAACAUCUUUUAAGGUAUUGUCCUCAAGAACAAAUGAAUGAUAUUGUUAUUUGUAACAUGACUGGCACAGAAUUUUUAAAAGGUGAUUCAUUCACAGAAAUAUAUUGUCCAUGCUUCACCGCAAAUUGUUUAAUUUAUAUGAGAAAUGAAAAAAUAGACUUAACUGGUGUUGAUACUUCAUAUGUAAACACUUUUGUAUUGGAAAACGAUAACAAAAAUGUCACUCUGGAUAUUGAAAUGUAUUUGUAUGUAUUGGAGAUAAGAGGAAAUAAUAUGAAAAUUGAUAUCAACUCAGUACAACUUGACGAAAUUAUGGAAAUAAAUAUUACAGGAAAUAACACGCAAAUCGUUAUUAAUUCUGAACAACCAAAUGAAGAUUCUCUUAUUCAAAAAAUUUUCACAACUGGAAACCAAAACUUGAUUACAAUAAACACUAUAUUAACAAUCGAUACAAUGACACCAUCACAAUCAACUACAAUUGUAAGUGGCGAUUUUUCUAUUGCAAUUACCGAACUUGCCUUAACAAACCAAGUGAUUGUAUUUCAAGGAGUUAAUAUAAAGACAUCUGGAAAAAUUUCGGUUAAUGAAUUUGAUAUUGAUGUUUACAAAACUGAAAUUGAAAAAACAAUUCUUUCCAUUCAAACAACUAUUAGUCUUUCAAAUGUACAAAUGAAUGAAGUUGAAUUAACUGGUAACAACAUUGUAUUUAUAUUUGAAAAUACAUCUUCUGUUAUUCAUUCAAUUGUUUCAUCGAAAGAUUAUUCUCUUAUUGCAAACACCAUUUGCACAAUUGGAACUUUAAGCACCUCACCAACUAUUUCUGUUUCUUCACAACUUAAUUUACUCUCAACUGAUGUGUCAAUAAAAGAAUUGAUCAUUAAAACGGGAGGUUCAAUAUAUAUACCCAUAACAACAAAAACGUUGACUUUGAAGAAGAUAACGUUGGUAAGUAGAAUAAGUAAUAUAGAGGUAUUUCAAAUAGAACCAUCAGAUACCGAAACACUCUCAUUAACUUUGGAAACAAAUUAUGACAUUUCAAUUCCAAUAGAAACUCCACUUAUUAUGUUUAAAACACUAAAAAGAAAAAUAACAGGAAUUACACCAAUUUGUAGUAAUUACAUUGUCAUUACUCGGUUCUCUAAAGACGAAAAAACAAUUUGUAAAGAACUGAACUUGUAUGACCGAACUUGUGUAUAUGAAGAUAAUAAUUAUUAUACAGAUGGUGAUGUCGAUUUUAGUUGUCCAUGUUCUUCACAUGAUUCGAAUUGUUUGAUUCAAUUCACUUCAUCGGCACAACAUUUUGAAUUCACUGAUUCGUUCAGUCCAACUCUUUUCGAACUCAAGAGCAACACAAAAAUAACAAAUGUGAAUAAUAAACAAUUUAUACUCAAAACGACCACUUCAAGUGUUCAAAUUGAUGGAACUAACAGUGUAAUACAAAUUGAAAGUAAAACACUCAACGAAAUACAAGUGGAUUUCACAAAAUAUUUUGUGUUUAGUUCAAACACAUUGGGAUUUUCAAGGAAGAAAUUAAGUGGGCGUAAAGGUGUACAACAAACAAUUUCAUUUGAAGUCGACCAAGGCUGCUUGUUUGAAAUUUUCUCGGAGAGUGGGACAAAGUGCUUAAAGUGUAAAGAUGGGAUGUUUAUAAUAAAUGGGGAUUGUCUCCAUUCAACGAUAGAUCAUUGUAUUUCAUCUUCAUUUGUAAACGAAAGAGAAUUUUGUGAAGUGUGUGAAGUGACUUAUUACAGUGAUUUUGGAAUUUGUAAAAAGUGUCCAGAUAAUUGUAAGAGAUGUACAAGUACCUCUUGUUUGAAAUGCGAAGAUGGGACAGAAGCGAGAGGAAACGAAUGUAUUCAAGUCGAAGAAUCCACACAUUGUGAUUUGUACGCAAAUCAAUUUUGUGUGAAGUGUGACAAAUCAUUUUACUUUAACUUAAAUAGACAAGAAUGUAUAAAAUGCGACGUUUCAUGUGGACAUUGUUCAACUCAAAGCGAAACCUGUGAUAUUUGUAAUAUAGAUGAGAGAUAUACAAGAACUUCAAAUGAUGUUACAAAAUGUACACAAAUGACAAGCGCAAUAAGUGUAACAAAUGAUAACGCAAUAGAGUGUGGAAAUGGAUUUUAUCUUGAUGAUGGUAUUUGUAAAGAAUGUUCUUCAAAAUAUGAAGGAUGCGAUUUAUGUGAUGCACAAGAGUGUUUGUCAUGUGCGAAUGUUAAUCAUUUAAUUGAAAAUAAAAAGAAAUGUGUUGAAGAUAUUAAUUGUGUUAAUAAAUCACAUUUCAAAUGCAUUGAGUGUCAAAAUAACUAUUUCAUUAAAGAAGGUGUAUGUGUAAAGUAUCCAGAUAAUUGUAAAUAUUGUAAUGCAAUAAAAUGUCUUGAAUGUGAAAAAGAAUUUCAUUUGAGUCCAGGAGGUAUUUGUCAAAAUGUGACAAACGAGUUGUGUUCAUAUGAUUCUCCUUAUGGCUGCCAAAGAUGUUCUUUUGGUUACUACUUAAAUGAUUUGAUUUGUGACAAAUGUGAUGAAACAUGUAAAAGUUGUGAUAAACAUGCGGAGGUAUGUACACAGUGUGACUCGACAGUGUAUUCACUUGAAGAUGAUAAAUGUGUGCCAAAAGAGUCACAGAAUUGCACCGCGUUUAUACCAAGUGGCAGCGGAUGUGCAGUUUGUUACUAUGGAUAUUUCAAAGUGAAUGCCACAUGUCAUAAAUGUAGUUUAAAUUGUUCUGAUUGUAUAUCAAAUGAAAAUAACUGUUUUGAGUGUGGACAAGGCUAUUACAAAUCAACGAAAUACAACAAGUGUAUAUUACUAGGAGAUUCUCCUGAUUGUACCACAACAAAUGAACAUGGGUGUACCAAGUGCAAUCCACAUUUCUAUAUCAACACAAAUAAUGAAUGCGACCAAUGUGGUUUGGAUUGUUACAGCUGUCUUUCCAAUGAGAAGUGUACAAGUUGUGACGAUACCUUUGUUUUAAAAAAUCACAUGUGCGUGUAUUAUUUAACAAUUGAAAAUUGUAUUGAAUCACUCAACUCAAAGUGCGUAAAAUGCAACAAAAAUUAUAGGGUAUCAUAUUCUGGUGAUUAUUGUGAGUAUGUUCUGAACAUUGGAUUAUAUAUUGUUCUUCCAAUUAUUGUGGUAUUGAUCUUUUUAACACUUGUUGUGAUCAUUUCGACGUUACUCGUCUUUUCAAUUCUCAAAAAAAUUGAACGCAAACAACAAGAUGAACAAGUGACACGAUUUUUAAUAACACGUUCGACUAUUAAAUUUGAAACAGAAGAAAACACCCCUCUUGUUGUUAAUAAAAAGGUAAUCCCUUUUAGUAGUGAAAAUACCGAAGAGAUAAAAGUGAAUGAAAAAGCAAGAGAACUACUUUGUGUUGGUAAUAAAGGGAGGUCUACACUUAAAAUGCAAUUUACACAACAAGUUAAUGAAAAAUAUGAUAUUCAAAUAUAUCCACAAUUGGUUACUGUGAAGAAGGGAGAGGCUAUUGAAUUUGAAAUCGUUAUAAAACCUCUUUGCACAUUAAAGAAAGAGGACAAGCUCGUUUUAACAUACGCUGAUUUGAGAAAGGGAGAAACAAAAAGUAUUGUAUUUACUCUUGUUAUAAACACUUGUUUGUCAACUCGACUUGACCCCGAUGAAUUGAUAGAAGAAAAGAAACUGGGUGAGGGUUCUUUUGGUGUUGUUUUUAAAGGGAAAUUUAGAGAAAACGUGGUAGCUAUUAAGAAGAUGAAAAACAAAACCGAUGAUGAUAAGAAGAUGAAGGAGUUUAAGAAUGAAGUCGACAUGUUAGACAAAUUUCGGAGUGAUUAUAUUGUUCACUUCUUUGGUGCUGUCUUUAUGCCGAGUAAAAUAUGUAUGGUAACUGAAUAUGCAAAAUAUGGAUCACUUCAAGACUUGAUGAAUCAGAAGAAAUCGAAUGAAAUAGACAUCGACAUGAAAAUAAAGUUUAUGUUAGAUGCUGCAAAGGGGAUAGAGUAUUUACACAACAAUGGGAUCUUACAUCGAGAUAUUAAACCAGAUAAUAUAUUAAUAGUAUCAUUGGAUGAAGGCAUGGCAGUCAAUGGAAAAUUGACUGAUUUUGGUUCAAGUCGUAAUAUCAACAUGUUGAUGACUAAUAUGACCUUCACUAAAGGCGUCGGGACACCAAAAUAUAUGGCAGAAGAGGUACUAAAUAAAAAGAAGUAUAAAAAACCAGCCGAUAUAUUUUCCUUUGCUAUUACUAUGUACGAAUGUAUUGGAUGGUGUGAUGCAUAUCCACAAGACAAAUAUAAAUAUCCAUGGAAUAUCGCUGAUCUCAUAUCUUCUGGUAAACGUCUAGCGAAACCGGACUUUAUUGCAGCAAAGUACUUUACAAUAAUUACACAGUGUUGGUGUGAACGCACCGAUUUACGAUUAACUGCGUCACAAUUAGUUGCUGGCUUUGCCAAGUUGUGCAAAGAACUUAAUUGA